AUGUCUGCACAAUAUUAUCCUCCGCCCCCUGGAGCUUCGGGAUCACUAGCUCCCUCUCAGGCUUCGACACCACAUAACUAUCCCCCGCCCCCUUCAUCUCCGCCAGCCGCGCAAACCAAACUCUCAUACCCGUCACCACCAACUCAGCAACCUCAGAAGAGCUACCCUGCGCCGCCUGCGCAGUCGCAGCAGGAGUUUGCACCGCCGUCAAGGUCGCAAACGCAAAACUACCCUCCCCCUCCGGGCGCCCCUCAGAACUUCUCGCCGCCGCCCUCCUCUCAAAAACAAUACUUUCCCCCUCCUGGAGCUUCUCAGCAACAACAGUAUCCUUCGCCUCCGCAUCACCAAUACUCCUCCCCCCAACACCAGCAAUAUGGUGCCUCGCCCACGCCACCGCCUCCGCAGGCAUCGCCCCCUAUCUCUUAUGCCCCGCCUCAGCAGCAGAUGCAGCCUCAAACUGGAUCCCAGACGACACUAGCUAUGCAUGGCCGAACACCAUCUAUGGCUUCGCACAACUCGGGCUUAGGCCUUGCUGGCAUUAGCAGCCCAACACCCCCGCAACACCAGCAACAAUUUGCCGCUCCUCCGUCCUACGCAGGGUCGGCUCCAGGCGCGAGUCCCACGGACGGGUAUCCGGCCGAAAAGACCAGCCUCCCCGUGGCGGACGGAUCGCCAAUCGACACAAGCGACCCUGCUAACCUUGAAAGUGGUGCUCCGCCCGCAACCCACUUUGUGGGAGCCACAGCGACGGUGGAUGAUGUCGGCACGUUCAACGGUGGCAGUUACCGGAUCAGUCACCGUGACAGCAACACAAUCCUCACCAUACAGCUCGCUAUGGGAUGUCCCCUUGGAGCCAAGCCGGGCGCCAUGAUUGCCAUGUCGCACACCAUCACGCUUCGCGGAAGGAUCAAGUUCAGCAUGAAGAAGCUUGUGGCUGGUGGUGAGAUGGCCGACUCGACUUUCACGGGACCAGGCGAGCUCUUGCUAGCGCCCGCCAUGCUAGGAGACAUUACCAGUUUGAGACUGACGGGCAGCGAGUCAUGGUCUGUCGGCCAGGAUGGCUACCUUGCCUCAACCCAGGGAGUAGUCAAGGAAUAUAAGCGACAGGGUCUUGGCAAAGCCAUGUUCAGUGGUGAAGGUUUAUGGGUUUACAAAAUCAGUGGAAAGGGCCUGCUUUGGUUGACAAGCUUUGGAGCCAUCAUCCGUAAGGACUUGGCGGAUGGGGAGAAGUACGUUGUGGACAAUGGGCAUCUAGUUGCAUGGAACACCAAAUAUAUCCUGGAGCGCGUGGCAUCCGGAGGUAUAGUGUCUGGUGUUGCCUCUGGAGAAGGAAUAGUGUGCAAAUUUACCGGACCUGGCACGGUAUUCCUGCAGACGAGGAACGCGAAAGCAUUCAACGCUUAUAUGGGCGGACAAACGAACUCUUCUUUCUGA